UUUCCCAUUACACGUAACUACCUUAUGUAUUGAAGAGACAAAUACCUGAAGUUUAUUUACAAUAUUCGGGCUGACGAUGUGACACCGUGUAUUUCUUUGGCUAAGAGAUAUACCAUUUUCCUAAAAGUAUUUCCCAGUAUUUGAAAUCAUACUGAACGGUGAUUCAAGCACUGUGAUUCCAGUAUACCAGAUUGAUAACCUCUAGAAACCUGUACUUCAACAUAUACACUUACAUAGAUUAAAAUGGCGUCUUCUACCGACAAUGGCUAAAGGCAAUAAGCCGGGUUCUUCUCAGUAUAAGGAAACAGCGAAUAACACCAAGACAUAUAACCAUGGUAACGACAUCCACAAUGGUGCCUCUGGCGGCGACUCCGAGGAACAGGACAAUGGGAGGCGAGAAAUGGCAGGUGCACCUACCUUUCAAGGAAGACGACGAUCGGAUAAACAACAAGAAACCUUGGACUUGACGAAGGCCCAAUUUUCAAAAGACUCACGUCAAACAAGCUGGAAUCAUAACCAUCAUCAGAAAAAAUCAAAGGUUCUCCCAUCACGCCAGGACUUCAACGGGUCUGUCCAGCAGUCCUACGUGUCGCCUGCCACUCCAACUCCACAGGACUUAGAAGAAGACGGUGACCUAGACUGUAAGUCCAAAGUGUUUAGUUGUGGAACCGAUAGAGUUGACACGCCGGACAAUGUACAGCCGUAUUCUAACUUUGAGCCAGUAAAUGAUCCAAUAACACAGGACACAGAAGAUCAGCUGAUUGGAGUAGUGUAUACGGAGAAUGUUCUGAUAGCUCAGGAAACCCAGUCGCCAAAGGAUCAAGAAAGGAGUGAUGAACUGGUGUGUGUGAACACAGACACAUAUUACGUUACCAACAUUUUACCUAGUUCAAAGAACCAUGAAGAAAUUGUCCAGUCGAUGUGCUUCCAAAAAAACAUUGCUGUAAAACACAAGGAACGACUCACCAGGACUGAAGAAUGUGGACAUUGCGAAAACGGUUUCCAUGCAACGGUGAGGCAUGACUUCCCUUCUCAACAAGCUAAAGGAAGAACAGUGUUUGAGCAAUGCAAACAAAAGGUUGGCCUAGUCCGAUGUCUGACUUGUGGAAACUGGGGGACCUGCUUCCGUAUUGGCAAAUGCAACAUUGCCACAUGCUGGCAUGUUAUCAGCAAAUGUACAGACCAUCCAAUCACAGCCGUCUUCUAUUAUCAGGGACCCAAUCAACAAGACACGUGGGUUUACAGGAUGGGAGAGAAAUACAUCGAUAAAAAUUUAGACUUUGCAAUCUGCGAACUUUGCAAUAAUGAUAAAAGCUUCCCACCGGCCUUCACGAAGUUCAGACACUCGACACAUGCCGACGGCUGUUCCGAAGGUCUAGUGUACCUUACAUGCUUCCAAAAAGAUGCAACUGACCAAAUUAAACUCGAUGUACACUGUGACACUGUCAGAUUAAACAGCAAAACACUUGAUGAUGAUCGGUUGUACAAUCUCAAUUUGAUGGCAAUGGAGAAAUACCCCAAUAAUACACCAAAGAAUCGUCCUUAUGGGGAUGCAAACUUGCAUAGAGAUAAUGGGCAUGUGCCUUUGCUGUGCAAAGUCACUCACGGAGGAUCCGGCGGUGUUGGAGUCUCCUUAGACGGAAAUGGAUACGUGGUGGUGGACUUCAUGUACAGACGAGGAUUCCCUGGAUUCUUCUAUGAAACAAACACCGAGACAGCCUUAACAACAGAUGAGAAAGAGGAAUUUCCGGGUUGUCUUCGCAUGGAAGUGGGUUUCGAUAUAAGGACGAUGAUCAGGAAAUCGGGCCAAGGACUGUGGGAAUGUGGAGAAUAAACAGGUAUAUAGACAAUGUCUUUAUGAUUUUAUGUCAUAUAUAUACCAAUCAUUCUGUUACAAUGCUACUAUAACUUCCUGAUAAGUUCAGACAGAAGUCUUCACAGAUGUGCCUGUGGGAAACGGUGUUACGAAGAACUUUAUCCCCAGAAAAGGGUGGGACAACUCUGUCGGAGUCAAAAACGUACAUUUGUAGUCGAAGACUGUCAACACAAUACUUAAUUUAGAAGGACUCACAAAGUAAUCAACUCAUGACAAUAUCAUUUAACGUGUAAUAUACUUAUAGCCAAUAUGAACGUCAUAACCUUAUAUUGCUGAUGUCAUCAUUAUUAUGACGUCAAAAUUGUAACGUUGAAUUGCGCUGAUCCUCCAUUGAUGGUGGGGUUUUUUCGCUUGAACAUUUAGACUUCAUGUUGAAUUUUGAUUAGAUGAUUUGAUUUUGGUAUGAAAGUAAAAUAAUUUUUAAUAUUUAAAAUACAUGUUUUGAACUUCUCUCAAAUGACAUUUAUAGAUUUAUGCUUAGAUUUGUUUUUUCUGUUAACCAAAGUUAUUGGUUUUUAUGUCAUCCUGACCCUUCAUCGUGCUUCGUCCGUCGUCGUCCGCCGUGCACCGUCCGCCGUCCGUAAAUUUUCAACAUUUUAAGUUCCAUCAGUGGGAUUGAGCUGAAACUUGCCUGAAAUGAUCCUGAGAUGGUCCUCACCAAGUGUUGUUAUUUUUCGGGUCGUUCCAAAAUCAAAGAUGGCCGCCAUCUUGAUAAAGACAUUUUAAACUUCUUCUCCAGUUCCACUGGUGCCAUUCUGCUAAAAAUUGUUGGGGAUGUUAAGGAAAGGAUACCGACAAAGUGUUGUUAUUUUUCAGCCCCGUCAAAACUUCAACAUGGCAGUCAUGGUGGCCAUUUUGUAACAUGAUUGCACUAUCAUGGUUUUCCUAAACAACACCUAUUUUAAACUUCUUCUCAAGUUCCACCAGUGGGAUUGAGCUGAAACUUGCCUGAAAUGAUCCUGAGAUGGUCCUGAUCAAGUGUUGUGAUUUUUCGGGUCGGUGCAAAAUCCAAUAUGGCCACCAUGACCGCCAUCUUGAAAAACACAUUUUAAACUUCUUCUCAACUUCCACCAGUGGGAUUGAGAAUAUUUCAUUGAAAGUUGAAAAGUUACCAUUCUCCUUGCUCAGUCUUUGUAGUCAGAUGACCGUUAAGGCCCAUGGGCCUCUUGUUUAAGUUAUGAUACGGCUAAAUUUAGAUAUAUGAUAAAAUUUAAAAUAUUAUGAAAAUCAUAGGUAAUGAAAUUGUACUAACUUUAUACAUCACUCACUCGCUUAUAUUUUUAUAAGGUAUUCAAAUAUUCCCGCGGUUCGCAGUAGAAGCGGGAAUAAUUUGUCUGAUGCGACACGAGAAGCAGAUAGCUGUCACGUGUACUCGGGUACACCUGAUGGUAGAUGUUGUCAGCGUAGUCAUUUUUAAUCGCCUACUCGGGACGUAUGGUUCAUUCUAAACUUAAGGAUGUAUAGGUUGUUUUUUAGGGUCGCUCAGUAGGUCUGAUAACAAAAAACAACAAAAAACAGCGGUCCAACUGUCACCUCAAAGAAAUCGGUUUUUCCUGGGCGUGCAGGUUGAUUUCGAUGAUCCAGGUAUCUCUUUAUUGUCAUUUCGCAGUCUACGUCAGACUGCGGCGUACAUUUUUUUCACGUCGGAUGACGGCAAGCCGUUUAUUAUCAGUAUAUUUAUGAGGCUUAAUUUGUAUAUAUUUAUUUUGAUUGUGUUUUAAUUUUUUUCAUGGAUAAUUGUGUAAAUGUUGGGCAUGUAAACCACACUGAUUAAACGCCAACCGCCAUACGUCUUUUCGGCGAGCUAGUCGCUCAGAGGAGCGAGACAGUGAUAUUGUCUUCUUAUAUGACUUAAUAUAUCAUUAAUAGUUUCAGACGGUAUCGGUGUCCAAAACAUAAAGAUGUUAUAUACUAACAACUGUAAGUGUAGGCGCUAAAAUAGGCACUUUAAAGUACACGAGAGUCCAGGAAAUGAGCCAAAUGAAAUCCCCAAUGAAAAUUAACCAUUUCACAAUACAUCGAAUUAUAUUGUACAAAUGAUAUGAAUAAAAACAAAAUACAUUGUAAAAUGUAAGAGAAAACCCAGAAACUAAUACUUUGUAUAUGAAUCUUAAUGCAUGUAGUCAUAAAUUUAUCUGUCUUAAUUUGAUACAUCUCAUUAACGGUGUAUACUAGUUUAUGUGUCUUAAAACUUCUAUUUUACAAAAUGUGUACGUUAAAAUAUGUGUUUUCAAUUUAAUACUUCUCAUUAACGGUGCAUACAUGUGUCUUAAAACUUCUCAAUAACAUGAUGUAUACAU